AUGGAAGGCUGUGUUAAUGAGACCAACUUUGUCAUUUUGGAGGAGGGGGUCAUGGCCAUGGACGUCAUUGGCCAGAAGAUCAAUGAGAAAAAGCUCACAGAUAACACAGAUGCUUUCUAUGUUGCCGACUUGGGUGAAGUUAUAAAGAAACACCAUCAGUGGAAGAUGACAUUGCCUCGAGUGAAGCCUUUCUACGCUGUGAAAUGCAAUGACAGCAAACCAAUAGUUUGGACCCUUGCUCAAUUAGGGAUCGGCUUUGACUGUGCCAGUAAGAAUGAAAUUGCAAUGGUACAAGAGUUUGGGGUUCCCCCAGAGAAAAUCAUUUACGCUCACCCCUGCAAGGAGAGCUCUCAUAUUACAUUUGCUGCCACCAAUGGGAUUCAGAUGAUGACAUUCGAUAACAAAGAUGAACUUUUCAAAGUUUCACGGAUCCAUCCCACUGCUAAAAUGGUUCUUCGCAUUGCUGUAAAUGAUUCUGGGUCCUUUAUUCCCUUAAGUGUGAAGUUUGGAGCAACUUUAAAAGAGUGCAGACAGCUGAUGGAAUGUGCAAAGGCUUUGUGUGUGGACAUCAUUGGUGUAAGCUUUCAUGUUGGAAGUGGCUGCAGUGAACCAGAGGCAUUUGCUGAAGCCAUAGCAGAUUCACGCAUGGUUUUUGAUAUUGGGAUGAGCCUUGGAUUUCAUAUGAACUUGCUCGAUAUUGGUGGUGGUUUUCCUGGCUCUGAGGAUGGCAAGAUUACAUUUGAGGAGAUUGCAGCAGUGAUCAAUCGUGCAUUGGAUCUUCACUUCCCUGAAGCAAGUGGAGUGAUUGUAAUUGCUGAACCUGGCCGUUAUUACGUGAUGUCUUCAGUCACAAUGGCUGUGAAUAUCAUUGGAAGAAGAAUUACUAUAGAUUCAACUAACUCCAAUGAUGAUGAGACUGAGACUAAGAAAACCAUAAUGUACUAUAUAAAUGAUGGUCGGCAUGGGUCUUUAAAAGCUGAAUACACUCCAAUAAUACCAAUAGCAUUUAAGAAAGUCAACCUUGACCAACAACUGUUUAACACAAAACUCUGGGGACCAACCUGUGAUUCCUUUGACUAUGUUAUUGAUCACUGUGAGCUGCCCGAACUGGAAAUUGGAGAUUGGCUGCUUUUUCAAAACAGAGGAGCAUAUUCGGUCUCUCUCUCAAACAAGUUCAAUGGCUUUCAAGGUGCCAUUGCAAACUAUGUAGUGACCAAAGAAGCCUGGGAAAUUCUCCAGAAGAUAAAGAAGGAAAAUCAGCAUCCAACAGAAGAGCAGGUCCAAGGAGAGCUUUAA